AUGGCAGCGGCACAAGGGUAUAGAACAGAUGACGAUGAUGAUGAUACCUACAGCAGCAGUGCAUUCGCCAAUAUUAAUGAAAAAGAUUUUUAUAAACUAUUAAAUGUCAAUCCAAAUGCUACUAAAGAACAAAUUCGUCAGGCCUAUUUUCGUCGUGCGCGUGAAUUCCAUCCAGAUAAAAACACUACGGCUGAUACCACAAGAGUAUUCCAAUCAAUGAAAUUAGCCUACGAAACAUUAUCUGACGAAAAACGACGAAUGGAAUAUGAUGCCGACACCGAUCUCAAUAAGAACAAUGAAGAUGAUGAUAAUAAUGAUGAUGAAAUAUUCUCGACAUCAAAAACUAAUCAGAUAAGAUUGCAUAUGGGUGAAAAAAUAUCAGAUAUUUACCGACAACGCAUUGAUCGAUACAUAGCUGAAUACACGAAUUUAUCUUUUUCAAAUAAUUUCAAUGCGAAACUCAUCGAAAUAAUCAGAAGAGCCGCCACCGAUACCAGUAUCGAUAUUGAUACAGUCGAUACCUACAUUCAAUGCAACGUGUGCCGUCAGUCAUGUCUCAAUAGGCAAGCGCAUGAACGUGAAAACCGUGAACCAUACGAACGAUUAUUUAAUGAUCAAAUGAAAUUAAUAACUCUCGAAGAAAUCAUUGAUAGAGACCUUUGGAAUUGGCAAGCCGUGGAAAAAACAUCCACUUAUCUAUCUCUAUGGAAUGCACAUGAUGAAUGGAAUCAAGUACCGGAUUUAAUAGAACAAUUGAAAAAUUCGAUUCAAAUUAUUUGUAAACCCGAACGACAUUGGACAUUAUUUAUUGAUAAAUUUGAACAGGAUAAAGUCGAAUUAAUGAAGCUACCUAAAUUGUUAUCACAAACCGUAAUCAUAGAUUACUUACCAAAAAUCGAUGAAAUAGAACAAUUAAAAACUAUUUUCGAUAGAUAUGAUCAAGAAGAACAACGAGGGUUGUUUUCAAAAAUACAGAAUAACGAUCAACGAACUACAUCGGGUUAUUAUUAUCUAUUCGAUCAUAUAACAAUAACGACGAAUAAAUAUAUUGAUAGAAAUGAUUUCUAUCAUCCAAUAGAAAAUCCUCCUCCAAAUGAAAUCGUAUCUGAUCAUUGUCAAAAUUGUCGAAAAACAUUUUCUCUCUUUACUCGCCGUCACUAUUGUCGCAUGUGUGGCCAUCAACAUUGUGCUGAUUGUUUGCUAUCGAAACGAAUCCCUCAUCUAGGUUAUAUACCAAUACCAGUAAAAAUUUGUCACCAAUGUUCUGAUGAGAAAAAAACGCUCAUCUAUCAACAUUUAUUCACCUAUGUAAAACUUCUCAUAGAGAAAAAUCGUACGAAAUAUUUAAGUGAAUAUCUAGCACUCCUUUAUCUUUACGAGAACAAUGAAAAUCAAUCAUUCUAUCAGAAAACUGGAGAAUAUUAUUAUGAAUUAGGCAAAUACUCGUUGGCACUUCAAUGUUUCACAUAUGCACAAAUCAGUAAUGAUACCUAUUUGGCAUAUUCGAUUGAAUUGUAUGCGAAAAAACAAUACUCGUACGCAUUUACUUGCAUGACUUUAUGUCAGAAAACUGCUCGAUUUUGGUUAGAACAAGCAGUACUACAAGAUAGUUCAGUCUAUGCUUUAUUAUGUUAUGAAUGUGCAAAAUUGACAGCUGAACAAGUGCUUGAAAUUGCAAGUCAAAAGUCAGCCGAUGAUAGUGACACAUGUUUAUUGUACUUGUUGUAUCUUCAUGUUAAAUAUACUGGAGACAAUCGAAUAAAUUGGAAAGAAUUAGGCGAAAAAUUAUUGCUUCAUACAAAAUACGAUGGGAGUCUUGCGAUAUUCUGUUUCUAUUUGUAUGGUAAAAUGCAAGUCAAUGAAUGGAUUCAGAUCGGUGAGCAACUAGCCGGCCGAAAACAGUUUGAUAAAUUAGCACAUCUAUUAUCGUAUCUGUAUCAUGUGUUGCGGAUUGAUAUUUUGGCAUCAACUAAUAGUUAUAUUUAUUUUCUAACUAAAAUAUUGUUAUCUAAUAACAUAACACUCUCGUUAGAUGAUUUGUUAACUGAUAUUUGUAAAACACCAACAUCUGAUGUAAACCGUAUUGUUAUCGGACUUGUUGUGUGUCAUCUAUAUAAAUAUACGUUGUGGGUUGAAUAUAAAAAUCAACAUGUUGAUCGUAAAGAAUACUAUAGAGCAUUGCUAUGCCAUAAAAUGGCUGAGUAUAUCAAUGGAAAUAACGAUUCGGAAUGGUUUAUUAGUAGUAUUGAAAAUUUUGAUCCUGUUGGCUAUGAACUACUCGAUGGCGUGAAAUAUCCUUAUAAUUGGGAACAAUUGGGCGAUCAAUAUUUCAACACCGGAAAAUUUAAGAUUGCAUUGAAUUGUUACCUAUUUUGUGAAUCGACGAAAGUUGAUCAAAUUAUCUUACGAAAAGCUCAAUCAUCUUCUCUACAAUUAUCAAUUGCAUUACUCUAUUCUAUUGUAGUGUAUAAACGGCUACGAAUAAACGGUAUACAGGUAUAA